AUGUCAACCAGCAGGCUACCGUGCAUUCCAUCUCUCCGGAAACAACAAUUACACCUGGAGUUCGCAAGUUUACGACAUGCUGCACCACCAGGGGUCUACAUGACCCUCGCGCCAGGCGACCCAACCCUGUGGAAUGGUGUCAUGUUUGUUCGGUCCGGGCCAUACGCCUCGGCUAUCCUUCGGUUUCAAAUCCGCUUCCCAGACAUCUACCCUGAUCUGCCACCUCUUGUCACGUUUGCAACCGAUGUCUUCCACCCAUUAAUUGUCCCUCUUACAACCUAUACUUUCAGCACCGGGUCAGCAAGCGAUAACCCGGUCAGCGCAACAGACGAAGAGCGGUUACCCCCGGGGGGGAUUCAGUCUGCGGCAUGGGUUUCCCCACUGGUGAGUGGGAAUAGUGCGGGAAUAAGGACCAAGGAGGCGACCGAACCAACACCACCGACUAAGGAGGAGGACGGCUCAUCGGGUACUCCAGACAGCCCAGCUGGGAAUCAAGAGAGUACAAACGACCCACAAACUCCCAGCGCUUCCAAACUACCCCCGACAGGCCAGUUUCCAGCAUCAAGGCAAGAAGCGCCUGUGGCCGAGCUCUUGGAUUACAUCCGAUCCACAUUCGACGAUGAGUCUGUUCUAGACUCCUUACCCGUUGAAGUCGCCGGCAAUCCAGGAGCAUGGCAUGCUUGGCAGGCCCACCGCCGACCAUCUGGGGAUUUAAGACGGGGAAGCCCACAAGCUCGGCGUCCUGGAGACUGGCACUGGGAUGGGAUUUGGGCUCGACGGGCACAAGAUGAGAUUGAAGCAAGUCGAUCAGACCCUAUACUAUUUGGCAAUGCUGCCCGUGGAGGUGGGGAUGAAAUGAUACGGUUCUCACGACUGGAUGAUGCCACCUUGGACUCGACUAAACAAAAGAUGGAGUCGGUGGUGAAUGUACAUAAAGAGUGA